UAGACCGGCCGUAUUUGUUUAUCUCAUGAAUUUAGUUGAUCGCCAGCAAUUAAAGCGGAGGUAUCGUCAAUUUUCUAUUUUUGCACGCGAAAGUAAAAAAUCGAUAUUGAAUGUGUUUUUGGUCCUACUUCGUUAUUUUAAGGUUCUGGACUUCAAAAUGCGUACUUACAAGAGGACGAUUUGGAAUUGAUCGAACGACACUGGGCCGAUAUAUAAAAAAAUUAAAGAGUGGAGAUGGACCAGACGAAGUAACAAUGGGAUAUGUUGCAUCUCGUCAAGUUUUUUCUUUAGAGCAAGAAGACGUUCUUAAAGAUUACUUGCUCAAAUUGGCAUCCAUUUUUUAUGGUCUAUCGCCAAUUGAUGUUAUACUCUAUUCCAGAAGUGUAUAGAGCAAUAAAAUGGGGAAUUCCGUUCUGUUUGGCUACAUUUCGUGGUAGUUCAUAGGCGCAGGUACUUAUAAUAUUUAUGAAUUUAAUUUUCACGGAUUAAAUGCCUUUAUUUUGAAAGAGAUUAAAUACUAAAUAAAUACUUUUAAUCCUUUUGUAUAGGUACCUAUCUUUUAACGCUUUGUAACAUGCAAAAAUGGGGUCAGGUAAUAAUAUAUACAGACUAUAAAUACUUUUAAAUCAUAUUUUAAACGUUAGUAGUCACUGCUACGCUGUAGUGUAAUCACAAUAUUAUUAUCCCAAUAUUUAAAAAAUGGAGGUAUUCAGUCCAACGAAAAGAUGUACUAAAAAUUCUCCACUAUCGCUGAGUGAAAAAGUUAUUAUUUUAAAUGUACAUGAUUGCAUAAAACACGAUUACCCUAGUUUUACUGUGCAAGAUAUUGUUGAAAAAUGUUCUCGAAUGAGUGGAAUUGGAAAGUCCACCAUUUUCAAAUUGUUGCGGGAAAGAAAAGUAGCAGGUCAAGUGGAAUCUCCCAAGCAAAAGCCAGGACGACCUACAAAAGUCCUUGAUGAAAAUGCUAAAUGUAUAAUUCGAAGAAAAGUUCACUCUUUUUAUUUUAAAAAGGAAAUACCCACCCUAGACAAAAUUUUAAUGGAGCUUGGCCGAGAUGACAGUAUUCCGUUGAUAAGUAGAAAACUUUUAUGGAAAACUUUAAAAAAUAUGGAUUUUGCCUGGGAAAAGCAUAACCGCAAAGCACUUUUACUGGAGAGCGACGAAAUUGUUUGUUGGAGACGACAAUACUUGAGAAGUAUCAAGCAGUACCGCAGGGAGCAAAAUAAAGUUUUUUAUCUUGAUGAGACGUGGAUUAACGAAGGUUAUAUAGUCCAAAAAAUGUGGCAAGACAAAAAUAUAACCAGUGCUCGCCAAGCUUUCAUAGAAGGCCUGUCUACGGGUAUUAAAGUACCUUCGGGAAAAGGAAAAAGACUUAUAAUCACACAUAUUGGAAGCGAAGAGGGAUUUUUAAAAGAAGGUCUGCUAACCUUUGAGUCGACUCGCACAGGAGAUUACCAUGAAGACAUGAACUCAGACGUUUUCGAGGACUAUUUUGGUGAAAUGAUAAAAUUUCUUCCGGCUAAUUCGGUGGUGGUUAUGGAUAACGCAUAUUCACGGCGAAUAGAGAAGACGCCAACUUCAAGUUGGAGAAAGCAAGAAAUUAUCGAUUGGCUGACUGCAAAAGGUAUUGCGUUUGAAGCAAAUUUGAUAAAAAAAGAACUGCUGGCAAUAGCAAACUUACACAAAACUCGUUUCAUGAAAUACGCCGUGUAAGAUAUAAUAUAACUGUACUGCGCUUACCGCCAUAUCAUUGCGAACUAAAUCCUAUAGAACUGAUAUGGGCGCAGGUAAAAGGAUUUGUAGCAAGACAAAACACGACUUUUAAAAUGAAAGAUGUUAAGCUACUGUUUGAUCAAGCCAUUACGGAAGCGACACCAGAGAAUUGGCGAAAAGCAGUCCAGCAUGUAAUUAAGCAAGAGGACAAAAUGUGGGAUCUUGACAACCUCAUCGAUCAGACAGUCGAUCCUUUAAUUAUAAUGUCAAGAGGUGAUGACAGUUCGUCAGAUGACGAAGAAGACUACAAUCUAUUAUAAUUUAAAAUUGUUAUACACUGUUUAAAAAGUGCCAGAUCCAAAAGUGACAUUUUCAACUGUUUUACUCUACAUAUUAUGUUCAAUAAAUUUGUGAAAAAAAUAUAUUAUUCCAUUUAAACAAAAGUAACUUUCUAAAAUAAAAUAGCAUUUAAGUACAUUAAUUAUAAGGUAAAAAACAAGUCCCAGUUGCACGCUUUUGGCGAACCGUUUUCAAUGUUUAUCAGUGGGUAACAAUGGGCAAAACUCAUAAAUUGACCCAAAACCGGGUGGCACUACCUGCAAUCAACGAAAAGAAAGAAUUUUACAUUGAAACUAAUACCCAACUAAGGUAGUGGCAUAAAAUAUUGGUGGAUCACCAGGUACCACUUUUGCAUACCUAAUGAGGUUUUAUUGCUCUACACACUUCUGAAAUAGAGUAUAGACGCCUAGCCUUCGAAUGUGCAACAAAAUAUAACUUAAACGUUCCUGAACCUUGGAAGAUAAAUAAAAUAGCAGGAAAGGACUGGUUGACGGCUUAUUUAAAGAGAAACCCUCAGCUCUCAAUAAGAAAACCAGAACCGACAAGCUUAGGUAGAGCAACCUCGUUCAAUAAACAUAAUGUUAAUAUGUUUUUCGAAAAACUUGCCAACGUUAUGGACACAUAUAAAUUUUCGCUAUCAAAAAUUUGGAACACAGACGAAACGGGCGUGUCUACAAUAACAAAACCUUCAAAAAUAGUAGCAGCGAAGGGAAAAAGAAACAUAGGUGCUGUUACUUCAGGAGAGCGUGGAACUAAUGUAACCCUAAUUACCGCCGUAUCAGUAAUAGGGAAUACAAUACCACCCAUGUUUGUCUUUCCCAGAAAAAAAUUUAAACCCUAUUUUAUUUCAAACGGUCCUCCAGAAUGCAUCGGUGCAGGAAAUGCAAGUGGUUGGGUGACUGAUUUAGAAUUUUAUGAUUUUAUGAAGCAUUUCGUUAAACAUACAAGCCCUACUAAACAGUCUCCUGUUUUACUUUUACUGGACAAUCAUUCAUCACAUUUAUCAAUUAAGACCGUAGAAUAUGCAAAGAACAACGAAGUGGUAAUGCUUUCAUUCCCACCACACUGCACCCACAAACUUCAGCCACUGGACGUGUCAGUCUUCGGGCCUUUCAAGAAGUAUUUGGCUUCUGCCCAGGAUGCAUGGCUUCGUAACAACCCCGGACAGACAAUUAGCAUAUACGAAAUACCAAAAAUUGUUGCCACAACUUUACCAUUAGGAGCUACAAGUUCCAAUAUAAUAAAUGGAUUUUCAAAAACGGGUAUAUAUCCUUAUAAUCGUGAUAUAUUUUCUGAUACAGAUUUCGCGCCAUCAUAUGUGACUGAUCGUCCAGUUCCCGAAUCUAUAUCUCAGCCGCCGUCGAUAGAAGACAUUUCUGCCAGCACUUCCCAAACCAUAGCUCCAGAAACACCUGAUGACAACGCCAUACCAUCUACAUCUACUGGAGUUUUUUCAUCUGAAGGCUUGCGGCCUUUGCCUAAGGCAGGACCAAGAAAAACACAAAACCAGAGAAAGAAGAGAGCUUGCGCGAUUUUGACAGACACGUCGGAAAAAGAAGCACUUGCUGAAGAACAAAGGAAAAUGAAAAGUUCUGGUAAAGUAGACAAAAAGAAGAAAGAAGCUGCUAAAAAAGCUAUUUUAACAGAUGUGUCCUACUCAGGUAGGUCCUACGCACUACUGAAAACUAAAGAACGACGGUCCAAUAUUACUUCUUCACAUUCAAACGAUGGAAAGACUCUAGGAGUCGUUGCUCGAAAAAAAGAAAACAAGUUUUCCAAGAACAUAAAACAGCAUAAAAUAAAUAAGAAAUCUUUUUCCCCAUUGCCAUCAUCUGAGUCUGAAGAUGAUGAAUGUUUAUGUCUGAUGUGCCUAGCAGCAUUUACAGAUAGUGUUCCGGGUAAAGAAUGGAUACAGUGUUCCAAUUGCAAAAAACGGGCUCAAUUAAGGUGCACUCCGGGUACUAGUAUAUAUUAUAUGUGUAUAAACUGCGACAGCGAUUAGUUUUUAAUUUCCAAAAUGUUUAAUUUAGUUUUGGUAAUAAAUUUUUUGAGUAUUUCUAAAAUUAGAUUUUUAUUUUUCAUCAAAAAACUGACUGAUUUAUUUUAGGCAUAUGCAUAUGAAAUUUUGUGAUUUGAUAAAUAAUAGUCGUCCUGUUGUAUUGCGCAUACUUUUUACGGAUUAAGCAACAUUCAUAAUACUAUCAAU